GGUAACCGGGCGCCCGUUUUAAUCUCGCCGUGCUUCGUCUUCAACCCCUCCCACACGACACGGCCCUGUACGGUGAUACAUACACCCGCCGACAAGUGUAGAGACAGCGCGACGCGAAGAUGAGGGGAAGUCUAGAGAGAGAAAGCGACGAGGAGGCGGCGGCCGUGACACUGAACGAGCUCAAGACCAAAAUGGCCGAUUUCGCCAGAGAGAGAGACUGGGAUCAGUUUCAUAGCCCUAGAAAUCUCCUUCUCGCUCUGGUUGGAGAAGUGGGGGAGCUGUCUGAGAUCUUCCAGUGGAAGGGAGAGGUCCCAAGGGGGCUGCCCGGCUGGGAGGAAGAAGAGAAGAAGCAUCUGGGCGAGGAGCUUUCAGACGUAUUGCUCUAUCUUGUCAGGCUGUCAGACAUCUGUGGGGUUGAUCUUGGCAAAGCUGCUCUCCGAAAGAUGGAACUCAAUGCCAUCAAAUACCCAGUGAGUCUCUGCAAAGGCUCUUCCAAAAAGCACAGCCAGAUUCAAACCGAUGAAAGCAAUGGCGAUGAUGGGGUUUGAUGAUCUCCUUUGAUUUAUAGUGUAAUCCUCUCUCUCCUUGUUCGGUCUUGCGUUACUGUUGCCUUUCAGUGAUUUUGAUGGCUUUGAUGGGAUUUGUUAAUAUAACAUCAUAUGCAUGGCUUUUCGGGUA